AUGACCUCCAGCUGGGCCUCCCUCUUUCCCAGGACGGACUUUCAGUUCGGUGUUGAAGGCGAUGAUUCCCGUGUCGGCUCUACCAGAGAUGGUGGCAGCGGAGGCACCCUCAGCGCCAACAGCAACGAGAAGUCAUCCUCUCUGCAAUCCCUUGGUGCUACCUUUAUUCCUGUUGUCAUCUAUUCCACCUGUUGCUUGCUCUUCUUCUGCUGCUUUCGCCGGAAAUGCGGUCGAGUCUAUGCUCCUCGGACAAUGCCCAGUCUGAGAUCACCACACCCGGCAACUCCAAUCCUCCCCAAUGGUUGGUUCAAUUGGGUCGUACCCUUCUUCAAGAUCCCAGAUACCUUCAUCCUUAACCAUAGCUCCCUUGAUGGCUUCUUCUUUCUGCGCUACCUCAGGGUCUUGCGCAACAUCUUCCUCGUCGGCAUCUGCAUUACAUGGCCUAUCCUUUUUGCCGUCCACAUCACCGGCCACAACGACGUCAAGCAGCUUGAUCUUUUGACCAUUGGCAACAUCAAGGAUCCCAGGCGCAUGUGGGCACACGUCGUCGUUGCGUGGCUAUUCUUUGGCUUUGUCCUCUUCACAAUCAGCCGAGAGUGUAUCUACUACGUCGGCAUCCGCCAGGCAUUUCUCUCUUCACCUCACUAUGCCAAGCGUCUAUCAUCCAGAACCCUCCUAGUCACCUCCAUACCCGAACGCUAUCUCGACGAAGCUCGAAUCCGGAAGCUCUACGGCGACUCGGUCAAGCGUGUAUGGAUCCCCCGAACAGCCAAGGCCCUCAUCAAGCUCGUGGAAGAGAGAGAGCAGACGGCACUACGACUGGAAAAGGCCGAGAUCACCCUCAUCAAAAAGGCCAACAUGGCCCGCAAGAAGCAGAUGAAGAUCCAACCGCCGACCACCUCUUCUUCUGCCGAACCAUGCGCUGCACCCUCCAACUCCUCCAUCAGGACAGAAACCGACAGCGAGCAGCCUCGAUCUAGUGGACCCCGUGUCGAGAUUACCGAAAAUGACAACGCCCAGAACGAGAAUGGCCAAGACCAAGGUUUCAAAUCUAACCUGACACAAGUGUCUCAGACCGACACACACGACUUGCUCGAAAAGGCGGCUGAAGAUCCCGAGUAUGUCCACCCAUACGGACUCAACCCAGACCUCCCCGAUGUCCGUGGAUCCGUGGCUGCUCAGUGGAUUCCAGUCACAGUCCGGCCCCAUCACCGACCCCUUCACAACUUUUUCCGACGUGUCGAUACCAUUCGGUGGUGCCGAAAGCGACUCAAGGAACUCAACCUCGAGAUCUUUAAGCUACGCCGUCAGGUUCGUCGAGGAGAUGGCCAGACUCUACCCGCCGCCUUUAUCGAGUUCGAUACCCAGGAGAGCGCUCAGGCUGCCCAUCAAGUAGUUGCUCACCAUCGACCUCUGCAGCUUGCACCGCGUAUUUUAGGUGUCCGUCCCGAUGAGGUUGUCUGGAGCUCGCUGAGGAUGCGUUGGUGGGAACGAAUCAUUCGCCGCUUUCUCAUUAUGGGUUUGGUCACAGUCGCCAUCAUUUUCUGGUCGAUUCCGUCCGCUUUUAUCGGCAUCAUCUCGAACAUCAAGUUCCUCAGCAGUAUCCCCUUCCUCACCUGGAUCAAGCUGCUGCCCGGUGCUGUGACUGGCUUUCUACAGGGUUUCCUGCCCGCCAUUGCGCUGUCGUUUUGGAUGUCGCUGGUCCCUGCGAUGCUUAGAUUCUGCGGUAUCAGGGCUGGCAUUCCGUCCAUGGUGUUGGUCGAAUUGUUCACACAAGAGGUCUACUUCGCAUUCCAGAUCGUGCAGGUCUUUUUGAUCACGACUCUUACCUCAGCGGCCUCAGCAACUGUCAUGACCAUCAUCAAGGAGCCGUUGAAGACACCUGACCUUCUCGCCGAGAAUCUCCCCAAAGCCUCCAACUUUUACCUUUCGUAUAUUCUCGUCCAGUGCCUGGCCAUCGGCGCAACUGGUCUGCUACAUAUCUUUGAACUAAUUCGACAUUAUGGCUUUGCAAGGGUCACGCAGAUUCCGAGGACUCGUUUCAAUGUUUGGUAUAAACUGCAGCCUCCUAAAUGGGGUGGUGUAUACCCUAUUUACACCAACAUGGCCGUCAUCGCCCUUUCUUACACAUGCAUUGCUCCUCUAAUCCUCAUCUUUGCCUGUGCCGGAAUGACGUUUGUGCGCAUCAUUUAUCGAUACAACAUUCUCUACGUCUUCGACUCAGAGAUGGACAGCCUGGGCUUGUUUUAUCCAAACGCCCUGAUCCAUCUCAUCGUCGGGUUGUACUUGGCCGAGAUCUGCAUGAUUGGACUCUUUGCCCUCAAGUUUGCGUUCCCGCCUAUGGUCAUGAUGCUCAUCUUCCUCAUCAUCACCGGCCUUGUUCACCUAUCCCUCCGCGAUUCGAUCUCGCCGCUACUCACGAAUCUCCCGCAGACGCUGUCGUUGGAGGAGGAGCUGCAGCAGGAAGAGAAGGCGGCGGCAGAGGCAAGGCUGCAGGAGGCUGCCGAAUCAGGCCAGGCCGGCACAGGCACUGCUGCCAGUUAUUUCGAUACGGAGCAGAAUUUUGGCGAAGAAGAAAUGGAAGACGCCCCGAGCGAGGACGAGGACGACCAUACACACGAGGGACCCCAAAGCUCAAGAGCAGUCGAAGGAGCAGGUGGCCUCAAGUUGCUGACGACCGAAUGGAUCAAGUCGAUGACAAAGGAGAAGCUAAAGACGGAGGCGAAAGAGGCGGAACAGGGACCCGUCAUGAAGUUUCUGAACAAGUGGAUUCUCGUUCGUAGGAAUGAGUCGUCCGAGUCCGAUCAGCCCCCGACGUUUGUGAAGCGGUUCUUUCACCCCGAGAUUUACGAAGACUUUAUCGCCCUGCGGAAGCUGAUUCACGUUGAGGAUCAGCCCGAGUUUGACUACGAGGUGGACGAAAAGCUGUCCAACUAUUGGCCACCUGAGCUCUGGAGGCCCAAGCCUGUCCUGUGGAUCCCACGAGAUGACGCCCGUGUUAGUCGACAAGAGGUGGCACACACGAGAAAGAUUACGCCCAUCACGGACGUGGGCGUGGGUCUGAAUGAGAGGGGACUGGUUGUGGUGGAUGUUGAGGCAGCACCGUUCCCGAGGCUGAGGCUGCUGCACUAA